GGACCUGUCCCCGAUUCUCUGGCCGCCGUUAUCGAGCGAACCGAUGCGCCUGAUACGAAGGAUCCUCCAAAAAAACGUCGCAAGUUGACGGACAGGGCACCUCGCAGUCUUUCGGAGCUCAAUGGUGUCUCCGAAGCUGGGGUGCCCAAUGGGUUCAUUCCUUUAGCACGCGUCAAUCUGCACCUGAAUUAUGCAGAGACAAAUCUGGAGAUGGAUGGCUCCGGCGCCUACAUCGACCUGCCUCAACGGUUUCCUGUCCAAUUUCAUGCUCGGAAUAUAAAUAUGCGCAAUAAAGGCGGUUUGACUCCGAGGAUAGUGGGUCGCGAGGAUACCGAUCAUGACUGCUUUAGACUGGAGUUAAAGUCAGUAACAGAUGGGAAGGUUAUAUUCUCUGAGCGAUCAGUGGAUCCGGCGUUGCUCGGCAUCGAGAAGUUACUGCAACUUACCUCUAAAUCUCUCUGCGCCGACUUUUGCCGCCGCCAUGACCCUGUGGCGUGCUAUCAAGCAAUUCUACAUUGCUUGCCUGAUAGGAAAUCUUUCCGUCUAGAGCUAGUCCUCUUGUGUAUUGAUUCGCUAGAGGUGCGGGGCUUGAGUCAGUUUCGGGAUGAUCAAUUGGAGAUCUACUCACGAUAUGUCAUACGCGAGCCGCAGGAUGUCUUCAAGGAGGACGCCAGUCACAUUUUCAGGCGUUCCUGGCAAGCAAAGGAGUUAAAUGAGCAGGCGAAACGGUGGUCGCCACGCGACUUUUACAAGAAUGUUCAUGUCCCUGAGGACACUCCCAAGACAUCUGCAGACAUAAAGUGUGGUAUGGUCGAGAGCCAGCUCUAUCCUUUCCAAAAAAGAGCAGUCAGAUGGCUUUUGCAACGGGAGGGGAUGGAACUUCAUCCGAAUGGAAAGGUCGUUCCAGUUCAGAAAGCGUCCGGUAAUCAUCUUCCGGCGUCUUUCCAAGAAUUCACUGAUGCAGAUGGCCGGCCUUACUUUGCCAGCCGUUUGUUCAUGACUGCUACUACCGGUUUUCCGGAUUGGUAUGAUGCCGAAGAGCAUCUAAAGGGUGGCAUCCUUGCGGAAGAAAUGGGUCUAGGAAAGACCGUCGAGAUGAUUACCUUGAUAUGCCUGAACCGUCGCAAGCUGGCUGGUGAGCAGCCACCGUCAGAUGUUGAGGGCAAGAAUCCCAGGCCAUCAGGGGCCACUCUGAUCAUAACGCCGCCUGCGAUUCUUGAGCAAUGGAAACAAGAAAUCCAGCAGCAUGCACCAGCGCUCCGUAUCUUCGAGUAUAUCGGCAUUCAACGCCACGAGGAUCAAUCAGACGAUGCACUCGCCGAGAUGCUUGCCAGCUACGAUGUUGUGCUCACAACUUAUAAUACACUUUCUCGGGAAAUCCACUAUACCGGUGGUGCGCCAGAGCGGAAUCUACGACAUCAAAAGAAAUUUGAACCAAGAAUAACGCCUCUGUUACGGAUAGAUUGGUGGCGAGUUUGCCUGGAUGAAGCCCAGAUGGUCGAGCACGGUGUCAGCAACGCUGCCACAGUUGCUCGUUUAAUCCCUCGACAUAAUGCAUGGGCUGUGACGGGAACGCCAAUCCGCAAGGACAUGGGUGAUCUCUAUGGCCUUCUUUUGUUCCUCCACUAUGAACCCUUCUGUGGUCAGACAGCUACAUGGAACCGAUUGUGCGGGCGAUUUCAGUCCGUGCUCACGGACAUUGUCAAUACCAUCACCCUCCGACAUAGCAAAGACCACGUCCGCAGUGAGCUCGAUUUGCCACCCCAGAAAAGAUUCGUCAUCACCAUUCCCUUCACCGCCGUCGAAGAGCAGCACUAUGGUCAGCUGUUCGAGCAGAUGUGCGAGGAUUGCGGGAUCGACCUGUCUGGCGCGCCAUUGAACAACUGGGACUCCGAAGACCCAACAACCGUCGACAAAAUGCGUGGCUGGCUGACAAGACUCCGCCAGACCUGCCUCCACCCCGAGAUAGCGGGGCGGAACCGUCGCGCGCUGGGCACUGGUAACGGGCCGCUCCGCUCUGUAUCCGAAGUUUUGGAGGUGAUGAUUGAUCAGAAUGAUACGGCUAUCCGGGCGGAGCAGCGUUCCAUGCUUCUGUCUCAAAUUCGGCGGGGUCAGUUGUUGGAAAAUGCGCGGCGUCGUCAGGAAGCUCUUAAUCUGUGGAAUGGGGCUCUGGAGUUAGCUAGUGCCAUUGUGAAGGAUUGUAAGGCGCAGCUGAAAUUGGAACUUACAAGAUCUCGGUCAUUAGAAGGCACCAGCUCGAAUGCGAAUGAGGGCGAGAGUGAAGAAGACGAUCAAAUGGAAAAGAACAGUCGUAUAGGCACGUACCGUCAAAGGCUGCGUGCUGCGCUGGAAGUCGAGCACAUUUGUAUUUUUUUCACGGGAAACGCAUAUUAUCAAAUCAAGUCAGAUUCGAAGCUUACUGCGCCUGGUUCUGAGGAUUUCAAGUCUCUGGAGAAGCAGGAAAUGUAUGCGUACGAAGCCGCAAAGUUGAUCAGAAAAGAGAUGCUGUCCGAAGUGUCCCAGAAGGUUGACCGAUACAUGAGGUCUAUAAAGGACAAGAAAAAGGACGAGAAAUUCGUCCAUAUCCCCGAGUUUGAACCGCACGUCUUCUCAACCGGUAUUGAGUCCCGUCGUGUACUAGAGAAACUUGAGGAUUUCUGCGAUGCAAUGAACGAGCAUGCUGAGCAGUACAAAGAAUGGCGCGAUGUCAUGGUCAACUUGUUAUCGCAAUCGCUCAUUGAUCAAGAGGAGGAUACAGAACUUGAGGGAAACGAGUAUGAAACAUCAACGAAGCACCAGGACGAAAUGUACGUCUACAUAGAAGCCCUACGUGCCAUGUUCGCCGAUCGACACGACGCCCUCACAGGACAAAAGAAUAUCCUCGUCGCCCAUGAAGUCAAAGGAGGCAUUAUCCAAGCCCAAGGCGGAGAAGGUCCUUCUCCGCAGCUCUUCCUGUCGGCAAUGAAUAAGCGCAGUCUGCUCAAGCCGGACCCCGAGCUUGGCUCGCUCCGUGGGAUUCUCGGGGAGCUUCGCAGUCUUAUCACAUCGCUGGAGUGGCAGGAGAAUGAAGGAAGCGCGCGUGCUGCCGCCGAACUUCAAUUGGCGAAAGCCGUGCUUGAAAAUGCGAGUAAAAUGAAUGCCGAGCAAACCAAGGUUAGUUCGGGCUUGGAGAGGGAGGUGGAAAUGUUUCGAGACACGAUGAAUAAUCGUCUCGAAUACUACCGGCAGCUGCAGCAGAUUUCGGAUACUGUGGCGCCAUAUGACGAGGAGAGCGUCGGUAAGCCGAUAAACGACACGCUCUUUGCCGAGAAACUCCGGCAAGAGGAAGCUAUAGACGAGAAGAUCCCUAGCCUGAAGGCAAAACGCCGCUAUCUCUUGCACAUCAAAGAAGAGCCAGAUUCGGACGGCUCUUCGAGUAUAUGCAUCAUCUGCCAAACGGGCUUCGAACACGGUGUAUUGACUGUAUGUGGCCACAAGUACUGCAAGGAUUGUUUGCAGUUGUGGUGGAAGCAGCACCGAACUUGCCCGAUUUGCAAGAAGCGCCUGAAAGCCAGGGAUUUCCAUCAAAUCACGUACAGACCUGAGGAUUUCGUCGUGCGAGAAGAAAAGACCCCGACUAAGAUAGGACCGGCGCCGGAGCGGUCUUCGAAGAAUUCGUCUAUCUAUACUGACGUCAGCACCAGUACUCUGAGAGAGAUCAAGAACAUCGAUGUUAACGGCUAUUUCGGUACCAAGAUUGAUACGCUGGCCCGCCACAUAUUGUGGCUGCGGAUGCACGAUCCUGGGUCCAAGUCGAUUGUAUUCUCUCAGUAUAGGGUUUUUCUGGAUGUGCUUUCUGUUGCCUUAUCGCACUACAAAAUUGAUUACAGUAGUGUCGAUAGUAAAGGCGGUAUAGAGAAUUUCAAAAACGAUCAAGCGAUCGAAUGCUUUCUUCUACAUGCCAAAGCGCACUCAUCCGGACUCAACCUGAUCAACGCUACUCAUGUUUUCCUCUGCGAGCCGCUCAUCAACACCGCAAUCGAAUUGCAGGCCAUUGCCCGUGUCCACCGUAUCGGUCAACACCGUGCAACCACUGUCUGGAUGUACCUCGUCUCAGGAACGGUCGAGGAAGCGAUCUACGACCUUUCUGUGUCCCGUCGUCUUUCUCAUAUCACCGCAAAGAAGAAAGAAGAAGAAGAGACUCACGCAUCAUCGAAGAUGCACCUCAAUGGCAAUGACAAGGAGGCUAUAGACGAAACUACGAUAGACUCGGCAAAUUCGAUGGAAAUGCAAAGUACGGCAUUGUCCAAGCUCAUGGCCGGCGGUGCAUCUGGUGGCGAGAUCGUCAAGAAAGAUGAUCUAUGGCAGUGUCUCUUCGGGGAUCCCAGCAAGAAUCAGGGAUCCGGUCAACAUUCCAUGGGUGCUGAUAGCGAAGUUGGGAAAUUUCUGAGGGCUGAAGCGGCAGAACAAAGAGUCGCUAAAAGUUGAGACGGAGGAACCCGUCGAUAGAAUGUAAAUAUAGAGAUAAUAUAUGAAUAUAUACCUUUUGCU